CCACACCGAGCAUUAGUGAUCUGACUGUCAAGGUGGGAGGUUGUGUCGCUGCUCCCCGACUCUCGCUAACCUAAGUCAACCCCAAGCUUGCCGCCGAGCAACCCGUGUGCCGUUCUGAAUUCUGGCCGGAAACAGCGUGCUGACGCUCGCCGCCGCCCACCGCUGCAGUGUUCUGUCCUCCUCGAGGCUGUGUGUUGUUUCUAAGGUUAUAUAAAAUUCCAAACAUACAAACGUCCUCCCUCAGUGAGUGGAAGGAAACAAAGUCCCACGCGCGCGGUGGAUGUUCAGCGUGUGGCCGCGAGUGGAGUAGUGUCGUGAGGAGCCGACACACACCUUCACAAACACAGUUUUCUCCACAGGCCUCUAGAAGUGUGAUGCUUCAGGCUGCUGACGGCUACUGACCACGCCGUUUACAUGAGGCUUGAAGGUGCGUUGUUUGUCGAGCCGAGGUGAACGCGUAUAUAACCGGUAACGGAACACGAAAGAAACUGCUGGUAAUAUUGGUUUGGUCAAAGGUGACCUCAAGAUGGAAGGGGUGUCAACAGGCGACCACAUGAACGGGUCUUCAGGAGCUUCACAGGGCGGGUCAUCAGGGCGCUCGUCCCCCUCAGACCCUGCCCCCAACAAGAUGUUCGUUGGCGGCCUGUCAUGGCAGACCACUCCAGAGAAGUUGCGGGAAUACUUUGGUUCGUAUGGCACUGUACGGGAUGUGCUUAUCAUGAAGGACCCUGUGACCCAGAGAAGCCGUGGCUUUGGUUUCAUCACAUUUGGAGAUGCCAGUAGUGUGGAGAAGGUGAUCUCUGUCCCCAACCACAUGUUGGAUGGCAAAAAGAUUGACCCCAAGCAUGCCACCCCCAAGAACAAGGGCAGGACAAACCGCACAAAGAAGAUCUUUGUUGGUGGGGUGAGUCAGGAGACCAGUGCUGAAGAGGUCAAGGCCUACUUCUCCUCCUUUGGCAAGGUGGAGGAAGCAGUCAUGCUGAUGGACAACCAGACCAAGCGUCACCGUGGCUUUGGCUUUGUGACCUUUGAAUGUGAGGACGUGGUGGAGCGUGUCUGUGACAUCCAUUUCCACACCAUCAAGAACAAGAAAGUGGAGUGCAAGAAGGCCCAACCUAAAGAGGCUGUCCAAGCUGCCUCACUGCUCUCAAAGAGGUUAAUAGUGGGCCAGAGUGGCCUAGCUAACCCCAUAGUCACCGCUCAGUCAGCUCACAUUCAGGCUGCCGCUGCUGCAGCUGCUGCUGCUCAGGCUGCUGCCUUAAGUGGCUAUGGCAAGCUGAUGGGUGGGGGCACCUACCCCCCACUGUCUGCCUAUCGCUACACUCCUUACCCCCUCCCCACCUCUGCUCUCACAUCAGGUAUUCCUACUGCUGGGGGUCCACACACCACCACCCUUCCCUCUGGCGCAACCCUGUCUGCUGUCUCUGCUGCUCCCACCAUUGCCAACCAGGCAGCUGCUCUGUCCACCUCAGCCAAUCACACUAUUCCCACAUUGUCCACCCAUGCUGGGCUCACCACCCCAUACCAGGGGUACUCUCUGACCAAUGUGGACAUGAGCUCCUUCCAGGGAGUGGACUGGAAUGCCAUGUAUGGGGUGGGCAUGUAUGCCUAGUGGUGCUGUCUUGCCACUCCCACCACUCCUGUCCCAUCCCAUCCCCUCAGUUCAGCUUGGUCUCCUGCUCAUAUUUCUUCAAUAGUAAAUCUUCCCAGCACCACCAACCAUCCCUAUCCCCCACCCAACACUGUGAGUCCAGCCUGCCCGCCAGUGCCGCUGUGAGUUUCAUCUUCCUUCUCCCUCUUUUCUUGCACCAGAUAUUCUCAGCCUCAGGGAGUUGUGCAUAAUUUUAAGUUUGUUCUCUGUCCAUGCUUUUAGUCUCCUCUUUCCUCAUGAUGUUCCCCAUCCACUCCCCACCUGUUAUGGCACUCUUCUAUCAAUGUUGUGUCUUGUUUUGAUUCAUGUCUUCCUUAUUUUUACAGGUCUUCCUAUUCAGUUUUUGUCUUCCUCAUUUUAUCAAGUCUUCCCACCUUUUCUGACUCUACUUUUCAAUGUUAUUCCUAUGAUUAGGGAUUUCUCAUACUUCUCUUGGCCUGUCCCCUUGCUUCUGCCCAUCCUGCCCUCUGCAUGAGCUCUUGUGUUUUAGGUGUACAUGGUGGCCCUGUCUCCUACUCCAUCAGUCAGUGCAGUGAUAUGAGUGAGUGCCAUAAAAGGGAACCAAUUAUAGGCUGGGCUCAUAGUGAGAUGCUAGAUCUCUGAUGACGGAAGAUGUACUUAGAAUUACAUCUCUCUCUAGGCAGUGUACUGCCCAACACAUAGUCUUGUACUUAAGUCAGUUUUUUGCUUUUUUUAUUUAUUUAUUUUUGUUAGUCGUGUGCAUUUGUAGGGUGUAAGUGAGAGGCUGGAGCGGCCCAGCCCAGGCCAAGAACAACACACUUGGACCUGCUCAACCUGAACAAAGCAAGAUGUACAUAUUUGUGUAUGGAGGUCAGAUUUUUGGCUGUCUUAGUAAUUUGUGGUCCCAAGUUUGGACCAAGGCUGCCCAGCUGAGUGGGUCCUACCCAGAGACCCUCAGUCAAGGAGGGCAGCCUUUGUUGUGUUGGUUACAGCCAGAUAUAAUUUCCUUGGAGCGAUUUUUUGCAUGAAACUUGGGAUCAAGAAUUUUAAGUUUGAGUUACUUGUUAAGGUCACAAGAGCAUGAGGGCCAGUGGGAUAGACAGUACCCUCUGGCCCCCCUGCUGAGUCAGUGGAGUUAGUCCCCUGCUGGCUACAUUCCACUUUGGUCAGUUAAUUUGGCUGCCUGGUCUGGUCGGUUGGGACUAGCUUACUAUAGCAAGUGUGUUGUAGUAAUAAGUGCGGAGCAAUACUCAGUGUGCGUUGCAUUCGUUUGCUUCUGAAGUCUUCUCUGUGAAACACAUAACACCUCAGUGGUACUUGAUGUGACCCACCCCAGCUGUGUACCCUGUUCCUUAACCACACACCAGAGGUUUUAUGUUGAUAUAAAGUUAGUCAUUCACACAGUUUCAUCAUCUUUCACCUCAGCCCACACAACACCCAUCAGCCCUCCCAUGUCCAUACCACCACCACCACAUGCCCUCCCCCCCUGCCCCCUCCUGUAUCCCCACCCUACCAGCUUGCCUGCCUCAAGGUGUGCCAAGAAGACUGCUGCUCAGACCUUUUUAUCACGGUCGGGCCUUCUUUGCCUGUGAAGGCUGCACAGCUCCCCGGCACAUGCCCAGGCUGCCAUCAGUGGGGCAGCGUUCGCCCUGUCCUACCAACUGUAAGUAUGUGAGCCGGGAGGAGCAGAGCCACCCCCACACCUUGGUCUCUGGCAUGCCAUGUAUCCAUUAAUAUCCUUCUAGGCCUGUCUAGGAAGUUCUGGUACAGUCGUAGGCAGCAUAACAACUUGAUAACUUUUAUUUUUGUUAUUUGCACCACAUUGGAAUGUCCAGCAAAUACCAUGUAGGCCUUUGAUUAUCAAUUUGACUUCCGUUGUGCAACAUUGAUCUCUGUUCUCCAUGUCUCUGCCUCGGCCUAGAGUGAGCCCAUAGCUUUAGAAUGUAAUGUAUAUAGCUUUAUGUGUGGUGGAAUACUGACCAGGAUAUAAGGCCAUUGUUAGACUAUGGAGACUUGGUAGUCGACAUGUCUGGGAUACAGUGUUAUUUUUGUUCUAAUUGACCUGAAAUUUGUGGCUGUUGUUUGACCAGAUGAACUUGGAAUGCCUAGACUGUCCCUUUUCCUCCUCUUCCUUCAUGAAUCCAAAGUUGAAUCCUAUUCUUGUCCCAUUUCCCCUUCCUUUGUUUCCUUUUCUAUUUUCCUCACCCCCAUCCCCUCCAUCCUGCGUCCAUUUUCCUGUAGGUCCUUCCCUACCAUCCUUAGUGACAUCCCUAUCCUCUUCCUCCUGGUAGUUCCCCUUCCCUGUCCCCUGUGUGGCGGUUAGGGCGGCGGGGUGACCCAGCUGACGAGCAGCAGCCUUGUGUGUGUCUCAAACACACCACAAAGUUUUGUAGAAUGGAUGUUAUUUUUCCUUAGUUUGUUUCGGAGUAAAAAACAAAGUAUGUCUACUUUAUUUUAAGGAAAAUAAAUCUUAUGAUAAAAACUGGAACAUGGCGUUGUUUAUUAUCAGCAGCGAAGUAGAGCAGAAGCAUAAAGAGAACUGGCUACUACUAUUACAUACCCUGCCGUGUAGCCUGUUACCCUCGAGCUGCUUCAGCACCACCCUGUGUCGCCCUCCCCCCGGGGCGGCUAGCGGGUGGUGGACUGCUGGCGCCUCCACACCCGCUGGCCGGUCCCCAUGAACCCCAAACCCAUUCCCAUUUCCUCAUUAAGUUACUGUAUUGACUUCCCCGUGUAUCACUUCAAUUUUUCUUCCAUUUUGUACUAUACCAUAACCAUGUGGAUCCAAGCCUGGGCUGGCCCCGAGCCACGCUGGUGUGUAGGUCAUGGUAGCGUCGUGGAACUCCCCACCCUCCCCUCCAUUAGCUCAGAGACGCCUCAUGGCAGCCAUUAUGCUCCCCCGUCAAUUGUUGUACGGAAGUUUCCAGUACAUUCAAAUACCAGAUUUUUCACAGCUUCUGUUUGUUUUUGUUCGAUCUUUCUUUUCUCCCGGUCUUUUAGUUUGUAGAAGGUGCAUUUCUUUGUAUCUGGGUAUGCCAUUGAGAGUUGUCUGUGAGCUGUUUUGCUUGGUUGACCUGCUGUCCUCUGGGGUAUGUUGACUAGCCUGGUAACUCAUCUACAUAGCCUAAACCAUCACCAGUAGUAGUGCCACUUGAAACAGUAAUUAACCUUUCAUCACCUUCCUGUUGUAUGUGCUGCUGCUGCCAACACCAUCUCCCUCGACUUCCAUCAUGGUACACACACAGCAUAGAGCCUUAUCUUACUUAACUCCGUCGUUGCUAGCCAAGCACUAUCUAUUCAUUAUAGAAACCUCUCACUUUUACGUCUAAUUUGUAGCAUUGUCUUAUUUGUUUGUACUUAAUUAAUGGAGUGUUUUAAAAGACAUAAUUUUCGAGUCUAGUCAUACAAGAUGUGAUGCUAACAGUCCCUUGGUUAUUAUUAUUUUCUUUUCCAAUUUUACGUAAGACCCGUAUAGAACUACCUUAUAGUUUUGUAUUAGCUGACUUACUGGAUGUCACGUAGAGUUAACUGUUUGUUUUUACCCGCCCGCCGGCACCCCAGUCAGCCUCCACCAGUCUGUAGUCCUGUAGAUUUUGUUUUUAAAGGCUUGAUUCGCUUCCACUCCCGCUGGUCUCGGUGACACUUGGCAUCCCAGGUGUCGCCGCCACCAGUCGGGCCGCUGGCUCGUCCUCGCGCCCGCCCGCGACGGUCCCUCAAAAAAAAAGGUGACAGCACACCCUUGUCCCGCUGGCCCUGCCAGCACAAGCCGCCACCCUUGGAUGGUUUUGCUUAACCGAGGCUUCCAUUCUGCAUUUGUUAUGUUCAUCAUGUAUUUAAUGUUAAUUUUCAUGACAAAAAAUCUCAUUUUCAUAUCAGCGUUAGUACGAGACUUUUUUUUUAAGAUUUUCGUAAAUUAAAGUGACGAAAACUUUUUUUGUCAUCGUAUAACUACAAUAUAAAGUGUCCUAUAUAAUUUAAUUUGAGUUGCUCUAAGUAAAUACCGGGACAGUGCGGGACGCGGGCAGGGCGCGCGGUGGCCACGUCGGCGGGCGGGAGCGACACCGUUGAUAGUGCACUGGUUACCAAUGAUUGGCCCGGCCCACCCCCCCUGGGCCCCGCCUACCACACUACUACACUCGCGGACCAAAAGAUUAAUCAGGAAGCAAUAAAGUGUUCUUAUUUUCGCAAACAGAAUCAAUAAAGGCAUAUUGAGGGAAUUUGACUAUUUUUUAUCUUUACUUUCACAACCCUUAUUUAUGUGCACACUGCACACGUGUAUUCACACCUCACCCCCACACAUACACACAACCUCCAUCACAUUAAAGGCCAGGAUAGUCUAAGCCUCAGAGGACAAAAGGUUGAGACUGAAAAUGCACUCAGUAAAUGUAAGUAAACCAUUACCACACCAUCAUGGUGGAUAUACUGGACCACGCGUUACUGAGGUUACACCUACACACCAGUCAGGGCUGACAAAUUAUGGCGGCGGCGGCGGCAGCAGCAGCAAGUCACAAAGUGUGGUGGUGGUCGGCAAUAAAUUGUCUGGCCAGUUUUGGGUCAUAAGGUAGACGGAAAGAUGUACCAUGUAGGAUGGACUUCACAGCAUGAGUGUAGACCUUGAUGUUUUCUAGAGACGAAUGACUAUAGGCUAACGGAAGCGUCGUGAUGGGUGUGUCGGUGGCGAAGCGGCACUACCCAGCGACCGUGACAUAGUGGCGUCGGUGUCUAGAGGGGCGCCGAACUUUGUCUUAAGUAAGGGCAUGUUGGUCACAGUAGUUUUAAGGUGAAGAGGAUUGAUUAAUUUGCAGUUAAGUCUUGUGGAAAAGCGGCAGCUGUUGUCAGUAACCCUUCCAGCCCAUCCCAUCUCCCUCAUAUCGGUAGCGAUAGGCAAGCUAGCGUUCAGGACAAAAGGAACCUGGCAGCCUCUAAUAGGCAGUAGAUAGCCGCCAGGAAUACUGCUACUAUGUGUGUGUGAUGUCUAGUUUCGUUUGCUGAUGUAAAAGAUGCUGUUUGCUGGACAUAAUUCUUGAUAAUGCUUUAUUUAUUUUUUCUAUGAAUUAGGCUGAAUUUGUGCCAUAGACAAAGUUAGAAACUUGUGGGCCGGCGGUGCAGCCUCCAAGAAGGACCAAAUAUACUAGUUAAUUCAGUAUACAAGGAGUCCCCGGAUUGCGUUCACAUUUUUUAUGGCAGUGUAUCGUUUUCUCCGUAAAUUAUGCCGCGCAACCUCUCUUUAUAGAUACAUACUACUACCAAUUUAGGAUAUUUGAAGUAACUUACUAGAAGAUAUUUUCUCUGAAGCGUAAGACUAGAAAGAAGGAAUCGCAAUCCGGGGACUUAGUUUACAGACUUAGAUGAAGGGUGAGUGUCGGUAUGUGUCGUGUUAGCAUUGUAGGAGUCAGCGGUAAGGCAUCAGUUGAUCGCCGCGGUCAAACAAACAAAGCAUUAAGAAAUCAGCUGAUCUCUCCCUCCUGAGUCUUCCUAAAUAGCGGGGUUAAUCCUACGGUGUUCGUGUACGGUACUGAAACCCUCUGUAAGCCUCUUCAUCGCCCUUCCUCCCUCUUCUACACAUCUGUCCAUAGAUUGGUAUUCACAAUCUCUCUGAAGCCACGAGGAAGGCACGCGGUUCAGGCGUCGCCCUCGACUAAGGUCAAUACAAGUGCCAAAAAAAUAGUCGAAUUGUCUUUCCCAUCACCUGUCAGUGCCCAGUUUUGUUAUUAUUUUAAUUUUAUUGAUUAUUGGUAUGAACAGAAGUUCCCGUUUUGUUUGUUAAUGGAAAAGUUUUUUGAGCUCUUAGUUUCGUUGCCAUGUAUUACAUUUGUUUCCCCCCGUUUUUUUGUUUUCAAAAUAAUGGGAUUGGAUUAUACAUGUGACGCUUGGCGGUUUUCAUUAGUUCUAGUUCUUUUUCUCCGUCUCCAAUGAUGGGAUUAAUGUUAUGAAGGUUGGCGGUUUUUUGUUGUGCAUCUGACAGGCUAUUUAUCGGUGGCUUCUUGUUGGGUAGCGUCCUUUGCGUCGCGUCGCGUCAACAUACUAACAUUGGACGGACGCGGGAGGCCAGAGGAGUAGCCGUUGGACGCUCUCUUGCUAGUCUUAAUGAACUGAAAUCCUUGAUCGCUGUUUCGCUGUCAUGUGGAGACAAUGGGCGAUUCGGAAACCGCAUUGACGCUUUUCUCACCACCUUCCCGUCCUUUCCAUUUACCCCUUAAAAUAACUACUAGAUGUUCUAUUGACAAGGCCAGAAAACUUGCAGGAGGUCAACACUCAACCUUUCCGUUCCCUCCACAUUAACUAGUCCGGCAAUCAAGGUUUUCCCCGCCUCAGUUAUCGGCUGCAGAGAGACAAUGGUCGUACAAAUAGCCCUUAUCAUUAAGUGACGCCAAUAACGCCACCACACCACAAAAAUAAAGCUGCGGAAAUAGAAAACAUAACUUGAAGAAUCCAGUACUCCAUACAGAUAUGUUGAUGACUGUUGAAUUAGCUUGUAUACAGGAUUUCCAUGCCGUGAAGCAAUAAGUGUCUAAACCCUCUAUUUUUGUACAUAAGACUGUGAACAUUAAUGAUAUAUAUCUAUAUAUAAAAGUCAGUAAUAAAGGUGACAUAUUUUCCAAUGCCCACAGUGUAUCUAUUAUUUAUAUAUCAGAACAUCUUAUUUUUCUCUCCACUUGUAUGACGAAGACAUGCAUACAAGGCGGUAUUUUUUUCUAUUAAAGAGGAAAAACUUAUAUAUUACUAAUUAGCUGCAGAAGGACUUAAAAAUUCUCAAGGUAAUAUGUUUUGCUUACAAUGUAACUUGGUUCUAGACACCCAUCCCCAACCCCCCUCCCCCUCCGCUUUUGUGUUCUGGCAUUGGACCCUUUUUCCUGUGGUUUGCUAUUAUUAUUAUUAUUAUUAUUAUUAUUAUUAUUAUUAUUAUUAUUAUUAUUAUUAUUAUUAUUAUUAUUACCAUCAUCAUCAUCAUGUGCCCAAGUUGCCCUGAAGCUUUGGGUGACGUGUUUUCUUGUAUGUACUUCACUGUGUUGUAGACUAGUGGUAUCUAUAUUGUAUACCGAUCAAGGCUGUAGUGAGGUAGAGAGUGGGAGGACCUGGUGCACGUGACGUCAUCCCUCCCUGCCGCCGCUGCCCCGGGCCACCACUACAUGGCAGGGGCAGACUUGGGAGGAGUGGUGACGUCACGUGCGGCGGCCAAGAAAACCUAACAGACGGCCCGCCCCUAGUGACGCACCCUUGGUGUCACAUGCCUCGAGUGACGCCAGCAAGGCGUCACACUGCUCCCUUUGCAGCCAGGCCGGCCAUGCAUGUCAAAACUUCCCUCAGUCAUGAACUAGGGGGUUCAUUAUCUUUUUCUCGCUGUGGUAAUGUAUUGAAUGUGCUAGAGUGUCUCUUACCAUUUAUUUAUUUUAUUAAUUUUUGGAUUUAUUUGUAAUACAUUAAUGAAGUAGAACUUUCACAUGGUAACAACAAUAACAUUUUGUUUGGUGUCAGCCGGGCAGCGUCCUGGCCGGUCGGGGCCGCCGCCCCGGCGCUGCCGCCACCGGCCAGACGCCGCAGCGGCGGGACAAGACCACAGUUGUGUUGUCGGUGGAAGAUCUGCUUGAGAAACACAAAUGAACAUGAGAAACACUGGACUGACUUGUGUUACGCCGGGAAAAUAAACACAACCCACACACCGACACACACACACACACCAAUAUAAACACAAGGCUGUAGGGUUGACCUGACUGCGGGUCAACCCUACGUGGAAGACCUCUGCCAUGCCGCUGUCCGCCCCGCCGCCACCACCACCACUUCCAUCACCAGUAAUACCAUCUCAGCCCGGACUUUGUGGCUGCUUUACUUCGUCCUUGAGACCUUCAUGACUAGUAGUAUAAGCAGAUUCCUGGAGGUAUGCAGAACACUCCACAGUCCAUAAGUGCCCAGCCCUCUUACGGCGCCGGGCUGUCUUGCCCGGCGCCGGGGUGUGGUUGAUGUGGCGGUGGCGACGGUCAUGGCGGCGGAAGAGUGUGUGAGACAACUUAGAGUGGUACUGUAGGUACAGCUGUACUGUAGUCGUGUCUGAGCUGUAGGUUUGGUAUUGUAGCCGACCUAGCAUCAUCAUAGUGCUCGCCCGACGCCUCUGUACAGGACCUUAGCCAGCUUGCCGCUCGCUGCGCCCCACCGUGCCCUCACCAACUGGCAGCCGCCGCGGCACCGCCUGCAGGCCUCCAGUUACCAGUAGUUACGACAGUUAAUUAGUCGGCUAAAUUAUUCAUUAAUAGAAUUUGUCUGCAGUGGAGGCGCUGCGACUGCUGUGGGUUGUCUGUUUGGUCAUCAUUAAAUGUCCACAUACAUUUUUUUCAAAUUAAGUUGCCUUAAGUUGACGGCUGGGCGACAGCGUAGUGGCGGCUGGACCUGAGCAUUGCACAGUGUAGUUUGUACAUCUAGUAAUAAAAUGUCUAUGGUAGAGA